UAUUUACAUACGGUGUACUGCACUGCCAAGGGAACCAGCACAGCCUCUCCUGUGCAAACACACACUCCCCAAACAGGAAGACUAUUAUUCUUUGGCGUGAGUUGCCCGUGAGCACGUUCAGGACAGGAAACGUGAAUAACACCCUCUGGUUUACAGUGGACUUAACUGGAUUACAAACAAAUCAUUCCUGAGAAGGACUUUUUCGGGUUUGCCCACCUACCUGUCAUUCCUAGGACAAUGUUCUCCGACUGACGCCCACAAACUUGAUAUCAUGCUCAGCCCGAGAAAGAACAGCGUCCCUUCCCCCAGCUUGGAGGACUCCUUUUUCCCCCUCUCGUCGUCCUCCUCCAUCUCGCUCUCCUUCGCCCUUCCGACAUCGACUUCAGAUCACAGGGGAAUCGAUAGCAGGGGAGACAUCGAGACGGACUUGAUUCUGGCGGCAGAGCUUGGACAGGCUCUGCUGGAGAAGAAUGAGGAACUGGCCGCCGCUCUGGAGGAGAAGCAGAGGGAGGUGGAGAUGGUACAGCAGCAGAAGCAUGUUCUACAAAGGAGGCUGGAAAUGAACGAACUGGCAUCCGGACAGAGGGAAGCCGAACUGAAUGGAGAUUUGGCCGCUUUACGAUCCGAGUUGGACCGCCACCACACUCAGGGACGGGACCGGCGCCGAGAUGAGAGUGAGCAGCUAACCCAGUUAUCCAACCAUAACCAACGUUUAGUGGAGCAACUAUCAGAGGCUGUGACGCUGGAACAUUCCUUGAGGACUGAGAUUCGCACGCUAAGAGAAGAGAUGGACGACUCCUCCUUUAGCCGGAGUAUAAGCUCCACACAAUUAGAAAACACUUUAGCAGAGAACCGAGUUUUGAAGGGGCGCCUUUGUCACAUGGAAACGCAGCUGAAGGCCUCCCAGGAAGCCACCGACAGGCUGCGCUCUGAGCGGGAUGUCCUGAGGGACAGAGUGUCAGAGCUGCAGGUGCAGCUGAAAGAGAAAGAAGCAGAGCUAGAGCAGGAGCAAGGGGUGGUGUUUGAGUUGCGUACCAUGAAUCGCUCUCUGCAGCAAAAUGCCCUGAGCCUGGGAGAAGAGAGCGUCCUGGACAUUACGCACACACAACCUUUGUCACUGCUUAGUGAAAUUCAGCAAUCCCAGGCCAAAGAUGCACUCCUAGCCCACUCAGUGGUACUACAAGCAAGAGAUGAUGAGAUAGCAGCGCUGAAAGAGGAGGUGCAAUCCCAACGAGAAGAACUGGAAACACUGAGGGAGGAAAUCAAGCCAUUUCGAAACAGACCAGGAGCGCCGACGUACAGUUCGCUAGAGAGCGAGUUUGCCACCGUGCGACAGGAGAAGGAAUUAUUGACCAAACAGCUUCUCAACACCAUCCAACACAAAGUGGCGCUGUCCCAAGAGCUUGACGCUUGGCAGGAGGAUAUGCGCUUGGUGAUCAAUCAACAGGUGCUGCAGAAGGAGGAGGACAGAAUAAAGCAGAUGGGACAAGAGCAAGAGAGCACAGGUGGACUCCAAAGAAGCAAAUCUUUGAAAAUGAAAGGCGAAAGAGGAAAAGGAUUCUUCUCAUCUCUUUUUAGAGACAAAUGACACAUGAGAGAGAAACCUCCACUUUUAACAGGAAAGAAAUAGCUUUUUCUAACAAAACAAGCAAGUGUACAAUAUAUAUAGAUAUUUGUAUUUAUGAAUGUACAGUAAUACAUUUUUAUAGCUUUCUAUUAAAAUCUUAUUUGGGGUCCCGUGUACUUGUUUCAUGUUGGUUGCUUUUUAAGACUUUUUAAGACCCUGCGGACACUGUGUAAUAUAGUGUUUUAAGUGUUAAAAUAUCUCUGCCAGCCCCCACCCGCAAAAAAAAUUCCACUUGAACCCCCCCAACACACACACACACACACACACACACCGGACAAUCAUCUUGAGGAGCCCGCGAAUAAAUGUCCCCUAGAACACCUCGCACUUCCCAUCAGACAUACCACGAGGCUUGUCCAGUUUAUGCUCAUCGCACCCAGGCCCUGUUCACAUUUGUUCCACCACUGUAUCAGAUACACCUUAUUUAAAAGGGACUAUAUGGAGUUGUCAUUUUUUUUUUACUCGUGACUGCCAACUAUGGCCUAAAGCGUUUGGUCCAUCAAAUCAGCACCAGAAACGUAAAUACAAUUAGCAGCAAGUCUUAAGUGAGAGUUAGAAAUGUGUUUUUGCCAAGAAGAGACUAGACUGAGGCUAGGUGAAACUGCUUGUGUAAGUGCACAUUUCCACCCAAAGUGUUGGACCCGAAACACUCUCUACUGAAGGGAAGAAAAAUACUUUUUAGGGGAGUCUCAGUUAAAAUGCCAGGGCUUUGUGUACUCAUCAGGGCAUUGGUAGAGCAUGUAUGGAGUAGGAAAGUAUUUUAAAUCAACUCUAAAAAACCCGCAUAGUCCCUUUAAAUAUCAAUAGAAAAAAACAGCUUUUGGGGAAAAAAGCAGCACUUUUGAUUAAAAAUAUAUAUAUUUGUUAAAAUAUUGUUGAUUCCAUUUGCGGUGACUACAUCAUUCUUGCUACAGCUCCUGAAUUGGAUGCAAGAAUUUGAGUUUUAUCCAGUGCACCGAUUGGUAGAAAAAAAAUAAACAGUGAUAUACAAUAGAAAUAACAGAGUUUAAUUACCUAAAUCAAAAAUACACUCCCAUCCACAUCCUUUUUUUAAAUAACAUAAAUAAUACAAUAAAUACAUAAAUAAUGAGUGGAGCGUGCAAUAGUGCAUGUUACAGAAAAGUACUGUGCAAACCUUCCGUACAAUUCAUUACUUGGUCCUCAUGGGUCAAAUGUUAAGAGCACCUGUAUGCUGGUAUACUCGACUGAAUAUACACCACUGUUUUGUUCCCGUAUAUUUCAAAAUUCACAACCAUUUCACUGUUGUUUGCGCGAUUUUAGCACAAAUGCCAAAAAGUAGCGAAUGGUAAACUAAUCAUGUUUGACUUGGUAACCGAGACAAAACAGAUUUUUGAUCUGCAAGUUGGUUCUAUCAUUAAAUCAUCAUGCUUGUGUUCCUUUUCUGCUAUACAGAAAGGUAGCAUACAUUGCAGUAAAAACAUUAAAAUAGCACUGUUUUUUCUUGCUAUCACAAUCUUUUGUAAUAAAAUGUUUGCAUUAGUAGAUCCCGCAAUUUUGUGGUUGAGCCUCUACACAAGUCCACUUAAGCCUUGUUCAGACCAGCUGGCAAAAUCUGAUUUUUAGGGGCAGUUUACUUGGCGACUCUGCGACACAAAGACGCAAUGACUGAGUAGCGGAAUCGCUUCGCGUGCAUAUGGUGUCGGCGAAGAUGAAAAGUUCUGAAUCCUGCCUCCAAAGUGGAAGAAUUUGAUUGCGGGAGAUUAAGGGGGGGCUUGCUCCACAUGAAUAUCAAAAUAACAAAAUAUUGAAUGUGAUGGUUUACUUACUUAUUUUUCUCACUUCUGUCAUUGUUUGCAUAAUAUCAUUAAAAUAUGAAAACCUAUAAACAUUUGGGUGGUUUUAGUUAAAGUAGACACUGUUUUUUCGUCUGUGUGAUUUUAACAAAGAUCAUAUCACAUUUGAUGGUGAUUUUAUGCAGAAAUGUGAGAAAUUCCAAAAGAUUCAGAUACUUUUUCGUACCACUGUAGAAGAGGAGGGCCAUGUUUGCGGAGGGUGGCUGCUGAGGAGGCAAUACCUCCAAUAUGAUUUCGCAUUUAUACAAAUUAAAAGUUAAUAAAUGCUGUUGUGAACGUUUCCCACCUGCUACGAGUGUUAACUCCAGCGUGUUUAGUGUGUCUAGAAGUGGUAAAACGUAGUGUUUUUGCCACUCUGGCAACUGUCUGUGUUGAGAAAGAGAGUAUAUAAUGUAAAAGAGUCAUACACGCGUGCUUUUCAUGGAAAAUAAUUCAAUUAUUUUCUCUAUGAUGGUAAUAAUGUUGAGCUGUGGGUUUAGGCUUAGCUAAAGGACUGCAUUUAUUUGAAUUUAGAAUAUUUCUUUUUUUUUUUUGUGUGUGUUUGUUUUUAAAACUGAUUUUAACAUUAUACUUA